AUGCACGCUGCAAUUGCGGAAGCGGUUGCGAUCGCGGCAGGAUCCUCGCUAGCUUUACUCAUCUCUGCAAUCCCAGUAGAGAUAGUGAUGGUCCCAUCUCGUUUGAAACUCCCGCAUCGUCUCAAACAAUCCCCACCAGGAGGUGCGAUUCCGGAACCUGUCUCGUUUACGGAUUGCUCAUUUAUCCUGCAAUGUUUCCCUUGUACAGCCUGUAGUCCUCGCAAAGCUCUAAGGGGAUGUUGUCCGGAUACGGGAUCUCUUCGUCGGUUAGUGGAUUGCGAAUUGAUUCGACCGCGUCCACGAGCCAGCGGUGUGGAUCUUGUGUGCUGCGUGGCAGUACACCGCGAAAAUGACGAUGUUGAGAUUUCUCCAGGAAUAGAUUGCGUUGAUGAUGUAUGUCACGAAUACGGUCGCUAUCAUGCUCAAAUCUUCCUACAUGCCAUGGAAAAUGCCGUGUGA